AUGUGUACGGGGUGCUGCUGCUGUUGUGCCCGGCGCCCCAGAAAGGACCGUGUGAGUCCCCACGGUUUGAUUUACAGGGAUUUCCCGCACUUUGUCAACCAGGAUGGGAACUACCUGUUCUGCCGGUACUGGGAACCUGUAACACCCCCAAGGGCUCUGGUGAUGAUAAUACAUGGUGGAGGAGAGCACAGUGGCUGCUAUAUGAACCUUACCUCAAUUUUCACUGACCUCUCCUUGUUUGUAUUUGCACAUGAUCACAUUGGCCACGGGCAGAGUGAAGGCAAACGACUGCAAGUGCCCAGUUUCAGUAUUUAUGCCCGUGACUGCCUGCAGCACAUCGACAUGGUGAGAGGACAUUACCCAACACUGCCUCUGUUCCUAUUGUCACAUUCCUUGGGAGCUCCGAUUGCAUUCGAUGUAGUGACCAAGAAACCAGAUAUUGCUGGGCUGAUAUUUAUUGCACCUUUAGUGCGAAUGAAUCCCGAAUCAGCAAAUGCAUUAAAGAUGUGUUGUGCCAUCAUGCUGUAUCACCUGAUGCCAAACUUAAACUUGGGAAGUUUGGACCCUCAUUGGCUGUCAAGUUCACCAGAAGAGGGACUGCUCCUCAAGUUUUGGCUGCUCUUGAUCUUUGGUCACCCGGUGCGGCUGGGAGUGGGUCGGUCGCGGGAUCGGUCAAGGGGUCUCCCGGCCGGUUUGCCCCUGGGCCUGGCUGAGAUGGCCAUUCACGGGUCCAGGCAGCGGGCAGUCGAAGGUACUGCCCCAGCCGACUGCCCGCUCCUCUUCUGGAGUUAUGUCCGUGCCCGUGUGUCCCUGGAGAAGGAGCACACGGUGCAAAAGAUCUUGGACGACCCUCUCAGCUGUCUUGGACCUUACAAGAUGAGACUUACCAUCCAGGUGUUACAUGCAGUGGAAAAGCUUGAGAAACUAAUGCCGAGCAUCACAAUCCCCGUGCUGAUUGCACAUGGUGAAGCAGAUAAACUGUGCGACAUCAAAGGCUCCCUCCUCUUGUAUAAGAACAUGGCUAGCCCGGACAAGACAUUGAAGAUCUUCAAGAAUGCUUUCCACCAUUUACAUAAGGAGGCACCAGACAUCGUUGCAGAACUGCAAACACUGAUUAGAAAGUGGCUCAGUGACCGUCUGCCACCAAUGGUAGACUGA